CAUCCGAAUUUCCAGUCGGAGCAAAAAGAGAAAACAUGGCGGCUGCUGCAGUGAGUACCCCGCCGGUGGCUCCUGCGGGAGAGCAAAUCGAGAAAUAUCGCGAAGACUACCGAAAGAAGUUGACUGAGCACAAGGAGGUGGAGAGCAGGCUCAAGGAAAUGCGAGAGCAGCUGAAGGAACUGAACAAACAGUAUGAGAAGUCUGAGAAUGACCUGAAGGCUCUUCAAAGUGUUGGCCAGAUUGUUGGUGAAGUUUUGAAGCAACUUACAGAAGAAAAAUUCAUUGUAAAGGCAACCAAUGGCCCACGCUAUGUGGUCGGAUGCCGACGGCAGUUGGACAAGGCCAAGCUGAAGCCAGGGACACGUGUGGCUCUGGAUAUGACCACACUAACAAUCAUGAGGUACCUUCCUCGGGAGGUGGACCCAUUGGUGUACAACAUGUCGCACGAAGACCCCGGCAACAUCUCUUACUCCAUGAUUGGAGGCCUUUCCGAGCAGAUCCGCGAGCUGCGAGAGGUGAUCGAGCUGCCCCUGCUGAACCCUGAGCUGUUCCAGCGUGUGGGCAUCACCCCUCCCAAGGGCUGCCUGCUGUAUGGGCCCCCGGGCACUGGCAAAACACUUCUCGCCCGUGCUGUCGCAAGCCAGAUCGAAGCCAAUUUCCUCAAGGUGGUUUCGAGUGCCAUCGUCGACAAGUACAUUGGGGAGAGUGCCAGACUCAUCCGCGAGAUGUUCAACUACGCCCGCGACCAUCAACCCUGCGUCAUCUUCAUGGACGAGAUCGAUGCCAUCGGUGGCCGUAGGUUCUCUGAAGGAACAUCCGCCGACCGAGAGAUCCAGAGGACCCUCAUGGAGCUUCUGAACCAGAUGGACGGCUUCGACUCCCUGGGACAGGUCAAGAUCAUCAUGGCUACAAACAGGCCCGACACCCUUGACCCUGCACUCCUGCGUCCCGGUCGUCUCGACCGCAAAAUUGAGAUCCCGCUGCCAAACGAACAAGCCCGGCUCGACAUUGUCAAGAUCCAUGCCACACCUAUCACAAAGCAUGGCGAAGUUGACUGGGAGGCAGUGGUGAAGCUUUCGGAUGGGUUCAACGGUGCAGAUCUGCGCAACGUGUGCACUGAAGCUGGUAUGUUUGCCAUUCGUGCCGACCGGGAGUUCGUCAUUGAGGAAGACUUCAUGAAGGCAGUGCGUAAGGUGGCCGACAACAAGAAGCUAGAAUCGAAGCUGGACUACAAGCCGGUGUAGACACCCCCCUCUGCCUGACGAGCUGUACACUAGGACGAGUGUUUGGUGUUCUAAGUAAAACUUUUUUUUU